AUGGCAUUAAUGUUUCGUACCAUACAGAAACUUAUUCAUCAAACAGAUGAGUCACGGUAUAACCAAGUAAACUCACGUAUUCGUAACAUAGAAUAGAUAAUAAUGUUUUUAACGAAUAUAUUAUUAAAGAAAGCAAAAAGCAAAUCAAUCUUAGUUUUAGUAGAAAGUGUAGUAAGUGGCCAUACUAAGCAUAUGGUUAGAGAAAGAGUUGCUGAUAAAAUAGAAGUGAUACAAUUUGAUCCAUAUAUUCAAACAAUGGCAAUCUAUAAAGAAAAGAAAAAAAUACGAGGUAUAAGUUGGUAAAUGAAAUAUAGAAUAUUAAUAUAUCUAAUCAUAAUAAAUAUAAAAAAUGUAAAAUAUUUUAUGUAUUUUAUUGCAUUGAUACUGAUAUGAAAAUAAAGUAUUAUAUGAUAUA